AUGGUCCGUCAAUCUGUUCUCAACGACUGUCUCAACAACAUCGUCAAUGCCGAGAAGGCUGGCAAGCGUCAGGUCUUGAUCAGGCCUUCAUCCAAGGUCAUCGUCAAGUUCCUUGAAGUGAUGCAGAAGAAUGGCUACAUUGGUGAAUUCGAGGAAGUGGAUGACCACCGUUCCGGCAAGAUUGUCAUCCAGCUCAACGGUCGUCUCAACAAGUGCUCCGUCAUCUCCCCUCGCUUCAACGUCCGUCUUAACGAGAUUGAGAAGUGGGUCACCCUUCUUCUUCCUUCGCGUCAGGUCGGACACGUCGUGCUCACCACAUCGCGCGGUAUCAUGACACACGAGGAGGCUCGUGCUAAGGGCACUGGUGGUCGUAUUCUCGGUGUCUUCUUCUAA